ACGGAACUAGCUUCACGCUCAUCCCUCAACCGCACUGCAACAGCUCCCACCAUUUCAUCCACCACGCACCGCCUUGGGCGACUCUCGCAACCAUGGGUGUGCCUUUCGAAGCCUUGAUCCCUUAUGGGAUUAUGCUUGGUAUGUUCGCAUUCAGCGCUGCCUCUGUCAGCAAACUUAGGGAAAUCCAAAACGGAGGAAAGAGGGCGAGACGCGGUAUCGACGCUUGGGAUCAACAAAUGUUGGAACGCGAUAGGAGAUUGACGGGCUUUGUACGAGGACAGACAGAUAGGCCGGAGGCGCCGCCAGGGUUCGAAGUCAACAACCCAUGGAGGGUCGAGAAGAGGUUCUACUAGAUGGAGUCGCCAACCAAUAUGAAUUUCAUCUUUCAGAUCACCAUAUUCGUCCCAAAAUGGUCACCCUCUUGUCUGA